AUGUCUAUUAGGCCAACUCGAGACAACAAAGCAGGAGUAAACCCCAUAGUUCACAAGGCGGUUUCGAUAGAAUCAUUGCUUGAUACAAAUAUGUCCUCUGUUUCUCUUGGAAACUUGGAAAAACUCGAUCUUGAGCUACACCAACUGUACCAAAAGUUAGCACCUACAACAACAGAAAUCAACUCUCGGAAGUAUAUAUUUGAAAAAAUCAAAAGGCUAAUAGUCCGUGAGAUUCCAAAUGCCGAAGUAGAGCCUUUUGGAAGCUAUACUACCGGACUUAUUAUUCCAUCAAGUGAUAUUGACAUAAAUAUCCAGCUUGGGAAUAACCACGAUAAGGAAUAUUCUAAUAGGUACCUAUCAAAGAUAAAAAGCCUCAUGCUUAAGGCAGACUUCAUCAGAAAAGAAACUCUAUUUCAUAUCAGAAAAUGCAGAAUACCUAUCCUUAAGUUUAGCGAUAAAGUGUUUGGGUUUAAAAUAGAUAUUUCUGUGAACCAGACAAAUGGAAUCGAAGCAGCCAAGUUCGUAAGCUACACCUUGAAGGAGCAUCCUUACAUGAAGGUGUUUGCCAUUCUGUUAAAGCACUUUCUUACAAUAAGAAACCAAUCGGAUGCAGCAACAGGAGGUCUCAACAGUUACUCCCAAUUUCUUCUUCUUUUGAGUUUCUUCCAAUUACAUCCGCUUGUCCAAGAGAAUCAAAUCUCCCCUCUUAAGAAUAUCGGAAUUCUUUUUAUGGACUUUUUCCAGUACUAUGGAUGUGACUUUCCAUACAAAAUAGCAAGGAUUUCAGUAAACAAGGCCGGAUAUGUAAAGAAUGACACAAGAACAUUGUCCAUAGAGGAUCCAACUGAUCCCGAUUGCGACGUGGCAGCGGUUUGUAGAAACUCCCAGUUGGUGCUUGAAAUAUUCCGGCACGCAUACAAGGUGAUGAGCAUGGCUCUCAAGGCGAAGAUUCCGCCCCAGAAGUUUUUGAUUUCCUUGUGGUUUAGAAAGGAAAUUGAAGACACAAAGCAGAGAGAAGAAAUUCAAAGGAUAUACAAGGAAAUUUUGAAGAGAAAAAAGAAAUAG